ACUACGUCGCGGGGCUGGCUUGGUGUUACAUACGGCGAAGAGAAGGCGCGUGGUACAAAAAAUGAAUAUACCGGCCACCUCUAAACGGUUGGUGCUUUCAUUGUAUCGUGAUUUGCUGCGCUACGGUGCCCAGCUGCAAUACACCGAUCAGGAAUACUUUCUCGGUCGAAUAAGGCGCGAAUUUCGCCAGUCGGCGUCACUGACCGACCCGAAAGAGAUAGAAUUUUGUUACAGGCGAGGUCGUGCGCUUCUAGAUCGUGGACGCGUUCUGUAAAACCGCUGGUUGUAACGUUGUAACAUGCACAGUUUGCUUCCACUGUUUGGUCGCGUAUCUGUUGUACAAUCGAAACUGCUUCCAUCUUCGUUAUCGUUGC